AUGAUUAAUAGUAAAAAAAUCAACUCCGCCGCCGCCGUCAAGCUCUACCGCAGCAGCGGCAGCAACCAGCGCGUGUACGCCGCCUUCAACCAGGAGCUCCAAAUACUGCUCCACAUCCGCCACCCAAACAUCGUGAAGCUCCUCGGCUACGCGGAAAAUCAAGGCGCCCUGAUAAUGGAGUUCGUCCCCAACGGCACCUUGCACCACAAGCUCCAUCACGCCUCCCACACUCCUCCACUCACGUGGAAUCAACGCGCCGCCGUCGCGUUCCAGCUCGCCUCCGCCAUCGCCCACCUCCACGAUACCUGCGCCCCUCACAUCGUCCACGCCGACGUUAAGCCUUCGAACGUACUUCUCGACGGUGAUCUCAAUUGCAAGCUCUGA